GCUUGUCCUUGGGCGAGCAUGAAGGCCUCUCUGCCUUUGUCUGUGGUGUGGCGUGCCCAGUCAAAUUCCAUAAGGCUAAGAGGUGUACUGAAGCUGUGGCUGUGUGAGCUGUGGCUUCUGCUGAUGAGCUCAGGUUUGAACGCCAAACUUCCGCUUGAAGAGGAUGUAGACUUUAUCAAUGAAUAUGUGAAUCUCCAUAAUGAGCUCCGAGGCACUGUCUUCCCCCCAGGGGUUAACCUACGCUUCAUGGUGAGGCCAGAAAGCUGUUUCCCAGGCCACUUCUGCAAAGCAUGGGGCAACUCAGAGAGACUCUCAUUUGAGUUUUAAAAAAUACACAUUUUUAAAUAUAACCAUUGCCUCUCUGAUAUACGAUCACUUCCAUUGUUUUUGCAUAGAACCAACCAAUUGUGAAAGAAGUUGGGGUACGCCCCAGGAGUGCAAAUUUUAGGGCACACCAAUUUAGAAAUUGUGUUUUAAUGCAACUGUUUUUCAACCAUCAAGAAUCAAUACAGUCUUAUCAGUGAAAGUUGGAUGUGAACUAGUAGAAAGUGAGACUCAGGAUAACUCGAAAAUAAGACUUGGGACGUAGCUUUAUCGAGGACUGCUAGAGCAUGGGGUAAAAAAUGUGUGUUUGAGCGUAAUACUCAUCUAGAUAAAGUCCAUGAGUCCCAUCCAGUAUUUACUGACAUUGGUGAAAACAUGUGGGUUGGUCCUGAAAAGGACUUUACUGCAACCAAUGCUAUCCGAAGUUGGCACGAAGAAAGGAAGAGUUACAAUUACGUCAAUGACACUUGCAUCGAGGAGGAGGACUGCUCUCAUUAUAUUCAGCUUGUGUGGGACCACUCCUACAAAGUCGGUUGCGCUGUUACUCCGUGUGCAAAGGUUGGAGCUAUCACAUACGCAGCACUUUUCAUAUGUAACUAUGCACCAGGAGGAACACUGACAAGGAGGCCUUAUCAGGCAGGGCAGUUUUGUUCUCGGUGCACUAAUGAAGAAAAAUGCAUAGACUUCCUCUGCGGUAAUGCAGAACGUGAUGAAGCUGCGUACUACCAGUUCUGGUAUCCACCUUGGGAAACGCCCCGCCCACUUGUAUGUAACCGACUGUGCUUCUUUGUCCUCUUCAUGAGACUGGCGUCUUUGGGACUAUGUGUCAUCAUCGUUAUGAUAAUACAGAACCGGUUUCCAGUUGUCUUAUUGGACUCUCCGAUGAUAAUGUCAGUAGAGGAGGGCGUGAACACUGAGGAUGAAAUAGUGGUGGAGGAGGGAGAAGAAGAGAUUCAGGAAGAGGAAGAUGAACAAUAGGAAGACGAUAACCCCGGAGGAAGGAGAGGAAGAGACACAGGGAGAAGAUAACCCAAUAGAAGCCAAACCCCAGUAGGAAAAGAAAAAUCUCAAAACACUGAAAAGUAGAAUGCUGAACUUUAAGAACAAAAAAUAUAAACCGCAAUUAUAAUAUUUCUCAUUCCUUUUCUAUACCUAUCUAACAAAUUUAAAUUGGAAAACAAAAAUGGUGUGAAUACAAGACUUGCAUUGCACGGAAAAUAUUAAGCUCUUAAAGACCCAGAUAAUAGCAAAAACAACAACAAAAAAAGCCUUAAAAUGUUAUUAUGGUAUCUGAUAAAAACAAGAAAUAAUUCAUAUUUCUAUCUCUGUGUAGAGUUUUUAUAUGGGUUUAAAAGUAUCUAAAGUAUUACGUUAAAUGAACUUGUUCAUACAAGACACUAAGGAUCACUCUGAGUUUAGAAUAGGCAUUUGAUAAAUAUUAGCUUGUUUUUAUUAUUACUGUUAUAGUUGUCAGUAGUGGUUGUAAUUUCCAUGUCAUAUCAAAACACCAAAUGCUUUUUAUAUUUUAUGUAUAUUUGGAAAAUAGUUUACUUGAUAGUAAUGCCUAGUGUCAGAAGAUAAAUUGUAAAAUUUCUACUCCAUGGCCAUUAAUUUAUCAGACUUUCCAUAAUAUUUGUCAAGUAGGUCCAAGAAAUAAAAAGAAAAAUCACUCAUUGUCAGUAAGCAAUACAGUUGCUGCUACAUUUAUAUAACAGAGUUCAAGUUAUCACCUAUAUGUUUAUUACUCAGUAUGUUUAAUAGAAGUCGUGGGAAAAAUAAGUUGACAUACGAAUAGUAAUAUUGAUCAAUUCAUUGAAUAAAAUGUUAGCCUGGCAAAAUA